CUGCGGUGUUGCCUAAUGAUCCCCUCACGAUGCUUCAUCCAGACCCGGAGUUGUGUUGGCUUCCUUGUUGGUGAAGGUCGUGGUAUCCGCUGUUCCCGCCUCUUCCUUACCCUCUCUUCAGCUUCAGCUCUUUUCCUCUUUAAUCUCAAGAUGUAUUACAUAUUUAGAGAUAAUGUCCGCCGUUUACUUAACAUCAGCACUAUUAAAAUCGACAAUAUAUUCUUCCUCUUCCACUACAAAAUUACUAUGGUGUUGUUGGUGGUGUUUGGUCUGCUGGUGACGAAGAAACAGUAUUUCGGUGAUCCUAUUGACUGUAUCGUGGAUGCCAUCGACAGUGAUACAAUAGACAUGUACUGUUGGAUCCAGUCGACGUUCACCAUUCCCGCUCUGACUGGAGCAGUGAUUGGAGAGGAAGUGCCACAUCCUGGUGUGGCGACUCAUGACUUUAUGAAGCACGGCACGGAGGAGACCAAGUCGUACACAGUGAGGCAUCACAAGUACUACCAGUGGGUCGUCCUCUUCCUUUCCCUUCAGGCCUUCAUGUUCUAUCUGCCACGUUACAUCUGGAGGAGCUGGGAGGGGGGACGUGUGGCCAGCCUGGUGGGGGAGCUGCACCUGCCAGUAGUCGAUCCCAACUUAAGGCAGAAGCGACUUUCCGUGGCUGUGGAAUAUUUCACUCGCUACUUCCACCACCAUAACAUUUACGCCUUCCAGUUCUUCUUCUGCGAGCUUCUCAACUUCACCAAUGUGCUUGGUCAGAUUUACCUUACUGACAGAUUCUUGGACUAUGGCUUCCUGAACUACGGACCACGGGUGUCAAACUAUGACGAGCCAGAGACCUACUCUGGCCACGACCCCAAGGAUGAAAUCUUCCCCAAAGUGGCCAAAUGUUCCUUCCACAAAUUUGGUCCCUCAGGCUCCAUCAUUCGUCAUGAUGCACUGUGUGUUCUGCCACUCAAUAUUUUGAAUGAGAAGAUUUUUGCUUUUCUCUGGUACUGGUUCUUGGUGGUGGCUGUUAUCACUACUCUUGGCCUGGUGUACCGAAUAGCAACCUUCCUGCCCACCUUCCGCACCUACCUGCUCAGGGGACGCUCACGUUUGGUGGCCAAGGAAAAUAUUGAUCAUAUAUGCCACAGAUGUUACAUUGGCGACUGGUUUAUUUUGUACCUAUUAGCAAAGAAUAUGGAUGCCUUUGUAUACCGAGAUUUCAUUCAAGAAUUGGGUCAACACUUGCCUGACAAAGAGAAAGUGUCCUAAAAGAGCAUGCUGACAUUGAGAAAAAAAGUGUGCUGGAAAGUGCAACAUCACGGGUCCUUGACUUGCCCCACAACAAACUUGGAAUACUUAUUUUUAAGAUGUUAUUACAAAAUGUUACUUCAAUGCUGGAAUCAAAGCCACUAAGGGACAAACAACUCAGAUAUUUCCAGUGCUGCCUACAUAAGCAGGAUGAAAACUGCUGUUGGUAUUAACUAAAGGCAACUGUUUAUUAAUUGAAUGUUUUUUUUUUUUUUUUUAUGUAGGAAGGACACAUGUAUGAAUUAGGUAGCAAAACCUUAUUAAUACAUUCAAGAUCAAGAUUUAUUUAUCUUUUUUGCAAGAAUGUUAUGCAUUGCCACAGAAAGUAACUAUUGAUGUGUUCCUUUAUUUCUUCUCUUAGCUGUAUAUGUUAAGGUUUGCCAUUAUGGCUUACCCAUCUCCACCUUACCCUGUUUUCUGUGUCUUCUGUUACACCCAUGAUCUGCAUAUCUUCCUUGGUGAAUGAAAGGCUGCUCAGCAUAAAACUUUGUCAAAUCAGUUAAUGAUAUGAUAUCUGUGGCUAUCACUAAAUGUGGUGCAUUCUUAUUGGCAACUACACAUUUCAGUUAAAGUGGAACACAUUACCAAGUGACCAGGAAAGAAUCAUUAGUUUGAGCUGUUUUUAAUUUAUUUGUUAGUGUUACUGUAUAGAUGAAAUCAAAGCUUCUAUGUUAUAAUUGUGAAGAGACUUUAGACAUACAAAGUGGAAGAAACGUUAUAGUGCAUGUCUCAAUCUAUGUGCUUAGUUUCUAUAAGCAGUGCACAUUUGCAUACUAUGUUAUGUACAUUUCUUUUCAUAUUCUAGUGAGAUUUGAUAGCUUAGGUGCUAACUUGUUAGUUCAAAACCAUAGCAUCAACCUUAAGAACAUAAAUAUAUAUUAGUUAAGGCUAGUGAGUCUUUUACAUACAAAUAAUUAUUGCCAUACAUUU